AUGACAGAUCCGGCAACAGACAUGACGCAAAAGGAAGAGAGCGAUAACGCGCCAAAUUCUGUGCGGAUCGAUCCCGGCGGCAAUGGUACAACUCUCGACAAUAAUCCACCGCCGAAUGAGGAGAACCGCACAUUGUAUACUGCCUCACAUGAACCAGCUCGUGAUGCGGAAGCAAAUCACCUCGCUCAAGACGAAAAGGACCCCUUCGACGUCGAUUGGGAUGGUGGUGACGAUGACCCGCUGUGUCCAAGAAGUUUUAACAAAACAAAAAAAUGGUUGAUUGUGGCUAUUGUUUCGCAUGUCAGCCUAUGCCUUACCUGCGCCAGCUCCAUUUACACAUCAACGUACAGUGGGAUGCAGAAAGAUUUCCACAACUCAAGGAUCGUUUCUGUUCUGGGCCUAUCGACUUUCGUAUUAGGCGUCAGUUUUGGCCCGAUGUUUCUUAGCCCACUCAGCGAGUUCUAUGGCCGAAGGCCCAUUUACCUGGUUUCAUGGACAAUGUACGUCGUCUUGCUCAUACCCCAAGCCGUCGCCAAGAAUAUCGCCACUAUUAUUAUCUUUCGUUUUUUCGGCGGCUUCGCAGGCAGUGCAUUUCUAGCUGUAUCUGGUGGGACAGUUGGAGACCUGUUCUCCAAGAAUGAGCUACAAGCUCCUAUGGCGUUGUUUUCUGUGGCACCAUUCAUCGGUCCUAGUUUGGGACCAUUGCUCGGAGGCUUUAUCAACUACAAUGUUGGUUGGAGGUGGACAUACUACGUUCUGAUCAUCUGGUCGUUUGCGGUUUGGAUAGCCAUCGUCUUUUUGGUUCCCGAGACAUACCACCCGAUAUUGCUGAGAAAUAAAGCCCAAAUGAUGCGAAAGGAAACAGGAGAUAGCCGAUGGGUUGCCCCUAUGGAAAAAGUUAGGAAGUCGCCUAUCCGAGGUCUCGGUCUCUCGCUUCUGCGCCCCUUUCAGCUCCUCAUCUUUGAGCCUAUGUGCCUCAACCUGUGCAUAUUUUCCGCCCUCUUGCUGGGCAUCAUCUAUCUUUUCUUCGGUGCAUUUCCUCUAGUCUUUGGCGACAUAUACGGGUUCAACCUUUGGCAAAACGGCGUAUCGUUCCUUGGAAUUAUGGUAUCCAUGCUGCUUGGCGUAGCAACUGACCCUAUAUGGCGUAGGGUCCGCGACAAUCUCAUUCGCAAACAUGAACGUGAAACUGGGCUGAAGGGUAAAAGCGAGCCUGAAUUCCGGCUCCCGCCCGCAAUUCUCGGCUCAAUUCUUGUUCCGUGUGGCUUAUUCAUUUUCGCAUGGUCAACAUAUCCAUGGGUUCAUUGGAUAGUUCCAAUUGUUGGAUCGGGCUUCUUUGGAAUUGGGAGUGUGCUUGUGUUCACAGGUAUCUUUACAUUUUUGGUUGAUGCGUAUCCGUUGUAUGCUGCAAGUGCUCUGGCCGCCAACUCAUUCUUGCGCAAUAUUUUUGCUGCUGCAUUCCCCCUUUUUGGAAAUCAGAUGUAUGAGUCACUAGGUUAUCAAUGGGGCUCAUCUCUCCUUGCAUUCCUCACUCUUGCUAUGCUGCCGUUUCCAUACAUUUUCUUUGUAACUGGGAUGAAGAUUCGACGCAAGAGUAGAUUUGCCACAUAUUAG